AUGUAUGUCAAUGUCAUUAUUUUCUUUCUUGUGAUUCUUGUUGUUAAUCAUACAUAUGAAGCGGAUUCCAAUCCUUUUGAAGUUCGUGAACAUAGUCUUACUCGUCCAUAUCCAACCGUUUUUUCUACUUCAAAUUCAUAUUGGCGUUUAACUGGUAGUACAAUAGCUACUGAUCGAUAUAUUCGUUUAACAUCCGAUGCACAAAGUAAAGCUGGAGGUUUAUGGAGUAGCAUCCCGGUUAAUUAUGCUGACUGGGAAAUUCAUGUUCAAUUUCGAGUGUUUGGAGAAGGAGUAGGAUAUUUUGGUGAUGGAUUUGCUAUCUGGUAUGCAAGAGAUCCAAAUGUAGACGGUCCUGUUUUUGGUUAUAAAGAUUACUUUCAUGGAUUAGCUAUUGUAAUGGAUACAUAUGGUAAUUAUGUUGGACCUCGUGAACAUGUUUAUCCAUAUAUAUCAGCUAUAGUAAAUAAUGGUUCACUUCAUUAUGAUCAUGAUCGUGAUGGUACAGAUAUUAAUAUCUCUGGAUGUGAAUCAUCAUUUCGUGGACUUACUACAGAUACAGUUGUUGCUAUACGAUAUGAAAAUAAUCGUUUAACUGUAUCUACUGAUACUGAAGGAACAAAUACUUGGACACCAUGUUUCACAAUCAAUAAAAUUCAUUUACCAACAAAUUUUUAUUUUGGUUUUACUGCAGCAACUGGUCAAUUGAGUGAUAAUCAUGAUAUUAUAUCUGUUCGUACAUAUCGAUUAGAUUCUAAUGAACAACGACAAGAAGAAAAUCGUAACCAUAUAGUACCAUCUGGUCCUAUACCUAUGGUUAGUCAAGCAAAUGAUACUAUGUCACAAACAACAAGUUGGUCAGCAUUAAAAAUAUUUUUUUACACUAUCCUUAUGAUUUUAAUCUGUAUAACUGGACUUGCUUCAUAUUUUUAUAUGAAACAUUAUCGUUAUCGUAAACCAAGAUUCUAUUAG